GUUAACUGAAUUGCAAACAUGACUGAAAGUAAGGAUUAACUACGAGUUCGUAAUUUAUUUUCCCAUAAACUUAAUCGUCGUAUGGAACACAUCACAUGAAGUUCAGUUCAAAUUCUGAUAAAUUGAAUCCGGUCAGGUUUUCUUAUUCUCAGCAUCAGCAGCAAUAACACAGAUUAAGCUUCUUCGUUUUCCAGUUACAAAGAUUAAAACUGUUACUUCCAUUUCUAUAUCAAAUGCCCUGACAUAUUACACCCUCGGUUUUACAUUGAUACAGAAGCUUCAGUAUCGAUAUUCAUUCUUCCCAAAUAGUACAGCUAAUUCUCUUGACUGUUUCCUUUAUUGGUUUAUUAAUGUUUUCCCCAUUUCUUGUCAAAUAUCUUGACUACUUUAUUGUCCUUCAACCUCUACAGAGCGACCGUUAUUAUGAAACACAUUUGUGUUGCUUGCUUUCUUCUCACUUCUUUCGCUAACGUAAAACAUUCUGAUUCAUAUAAAAGCAUAAGUAGACUAGAUAUUACUUUAGCCCAGCUCAGGUAAUCUAAAUCUAUACUGCCACAGUUGGUAACAAUGCGGUUGUAGAUGGAAGCCGAAUGGAAUGCUGAGGAUGGCGAUUCUGUACAGUGUGACAUUGGACGGUCAAUGAGUGAGGUUGUAGAGACGGAGAAGCCGCGCCCCUGUGAAAUCAACCAAAUCUACUUCGAAAUGGAGAAACUUUGCGGUUUUCAACUUGAGUAGUCCGGAAGAGCACACUAUUUAGAGAGUGAAAUUAGACUGAGGGUCGUGAUUUGCUUCAUUUUGCGUGAGAACGGAACACAGUUCAGACAGCGAUUCGUAACAUCCGGGAAACAGCAAUAUUGGACUUCCACUGGCAUCGGCAUGGUUCCCUCAUGCAAGUUUCUGGGUGCAGCGCUUAUAGUGAUGUUAGUGCUGUCUGCAGUGGCGUGUGUGAAACGGCGCAUUAUAAUUCAUGUUCCACAUCGGGUGAAACACAUUCAUCACCACCAUGUGGUGAAGGUAAAGCCAAAACCACAUUACCAUCAUUACUACAGCCACCAUGAUUCACACGGGCACCAUUAUCACCAUCACCACGACGGACAUAAUCACCACCAUCAUCACCAUGGCGAUGAUGACGACUAGCCGCUCCAGAAGAACUUUAUUUAUACGAAAAUGUAAUUAUUAUUGCUGUAUACAAGACUUACAACCAUUUCAACAUACCUAACAGAAAAUGUAUUCUCAUAUUGUUAAGACAAUAAAAUGUUAAAGGCUAUGAUGGACUAUGCGUGCAGAUAGAACUGCAGAGGCAGAAAUAACAGAAUUUUGGUGGGUAACUCUGGAAAAUAUGUUUGUAAGACCGAUUGGGUGGAGAGGUUCACAAGGAUGGAUUAGAAUUAGAAGGGCUGUGGUGGAUAGAACUGGUUCAGAAUUGUGUCCAAAUACGAGCUGUGAUAUUAGAGGUGUCGAACCUUUCUGUUCUCCUGCCACAGUAUUGGUGUUGCUCAGUUGUUAUUCUUUUCGUCUGUACUUAGACUGACUGUAGUGGGGUUGGUGGAAAUGGAAUUCACUUUGCAAUUACCAUGUAAUCAAAUUAUUUUUAGUACUAGUUGUUUCUAAAACUCGCAAGUUGAAUCUUUACUCAAUCAGUUCUAAACAAAUGCCGAUCACUGAUUUAAGAUAGUCAUUUAGUGUGGCUACUGUGUCACAAAGCAGCCUGCUUUAUUUUUAAUGUCUGGGAGCAAUUUGUAAUAAUUAAUCACACAAGAAAGAACCUUCCAAGGUCUGUGGAAACGUGUCCCCGUUUUUUUGAAAUGCAUAACCGCAUUCCUCUUAACAUGGAAACUAAACAUUUACCUUGAAAAACCAGUAAGUAACUCAUGUGAUUUAUGUUCUAUAAAUGCUGCAUGCAGUGCAGUCCUAACAAAUACGCUCAACUCAAUGUUAGGUUAUAAUCAGAAGAAAAUGUGUGACAGGAAUCUGGUACUGCAAACAAUAAACCUUUUUAAAGAAA